AUGAAUGAAUUUCAGGUUUAUUAUAGACCGGUGAACUUUACUGACUAUUGUUAUAAUAUGCCACCGGAUGUUCAUAUUGGCAUAACACCUUGCAGUCAUUCGAUAUGCAUUACAAUUAUUGAGCCUCGAAUUUUAGCAGGCUAUCAUAUCGGCAAUUACGUUGUUCGCGGUUGUUUCUCAACAGUUUUCAAAUUAAUGCAAAAUCUUGUCGAACAUACGACACCUACGAUAGUAUUUACAGAUACAGCAUGUAAAAGAGUACCAGCGAGCCAGUUACUUCCAAUAAAAUUUGCUGAACGAUCAUCGAAUCGUACGGUUGAAUUAUGCUGGUGCAUUGGUCAAUUGUGUAAUGAUUAUCCAACAACAUAUUCAAAAAUAUCUGCUUUACACCAUAUAUCUUCAUUCCUUUUACUAUGCUUAUCAGUUUUUUAUAAUUUAUGA